GACCGUGGCCGGGGUGCUGGGCGGCGUGGCGCUGGGCGCGGCCGUGCGGCGCCUGGAGCUGGCCCGGCCGCAGGUGGCCUACCUGGCCUUCCCCGGCGAGAUGCUGCUCCGCAUGCUCAAGAUGAUCAUCCUGCCCCUGGUGGUGUGCAGCCUCGUGUCCGGCGCCGCCAGCCUGGACACCCGGGCGCUGGGCAAGCUGGGUGGCAUCGCCAUCACCUACUUCUUGGGCACCACCCUGCUGGCCUCGGGGCUGGCCGUGGCCCUGGCCUUCAUCAUCCGCCCCGGGGCGGGCGCCGCAUCCCUCAACACCAACGCCCUGGGGCUGGAGGACACCGUGGCCACCAGCAAGGAGACUGUGGACUCCUUCCUGGACCUCACCAGAAACCUGUUUCCAUCAAACCUUGUUGCUGCAGCUUUUCGAUCGUAUGCAACAGACUAUAAGAUAGUAUCCAGAAACACUACCACUGGAAAUGUUACAGUUGAAAAGGUUCCUAUUGGCAAAGAGAUUGAAGGGAUGAACAUUCUGGGAUUGGUACUUUUCGCUCUGGUUCUAGGAGUGGCUUUGAAAAAGCUCGGCCGUGAAGGGGAAGAUUUGAUUCGCUUUUUUAACUCAUUGAAUGAGGCAACUAUGGUUUUGGUGUCCUGGAUUAUGUGGUAUGUGCCUAUUGGCAUCAUGUUCCUUGUCGGGAGCAAGAUUGUGGAAAUGGAAGAUAUAACACUUCUGGUGACCAGCUUGGGGAAGUACAUUUUUGCCUCGAUUCUGGGUCACGUCAUCCAUGGAGGAAUCAUUUUGCCACUUAUUUAUUUUGUAUUCACACGCAAAAAUCCUUACAGCUUUCUCUUAGGACUUAUAAUGCCAUUUGCAACAGCCUUUGCCACUUGCUCCAGCUCAGCUACUCUCCCAUCGAUGAUCAAGUGUACUGAAGAAAACAAUGGCGUGGACAAGAGGAUCAGUAGAUUUAUCCUUCCUAUUGGGGCUACUGUGAACAUGGAUGGAGCUGCUAUAUUCCAGUGUGUGGCAGCUGUGUUUAUUGCUCAGCUGAAUAAUGUUGACCUCAAUGCUGGACAGAUCUUCACUAUUCUCGUCACUGCCACUGCAUCCAGCGUCGGAGCAGCUGGAGUCCCAUCAGGUGGAGUUCUGACCAUUGCCAUCAUCUUGGAGGCCAUUGGACUUCCUACAAAUGAUCUGUCUUUGAUAUUAGCAGUGGACUGGAUUGUGGACCGAACCACCACUGUUGUGAACGUUGAAGGAGAUGCCCUGGGAGCGGGCAUUCUUCAUUAUCUGAAUCAAAAAGAAAUGAAGGACAAAGAGCAGGACCUAAAAGAAGUCAAUGUAGAAGCGAUUCCAAACUGCAAAUCUGAAGGGGAAACAUCACCUCUGGUAACACACAUGAACCAAGCCUCCAACCCAGCCAGCACGGUGGAGCCACCUUCUAAAGAAUCAGUCUUGUGAACUAGGGGCAGCUUGUGAAUGAGCAUUGUAGAGGUGGACUGCAGACUUGUUAACAUGCUUGGACUGUUUGUACUGCAAUCUGGGGCUGGAUGGAUGCUAAAUGUUUCAGUUUUGACAUGUUUUGAAUCUUGUUAGGCAGGUGUGUGUUUGUGUGUGCUUGUUUUUUCCCUGGUAAGAGAAAUCACCUUGACAUGGUAUUUUGGGGUUUCAUAUUAUGUGUGUGUGUGUGUGUGUGUGUGUUUUGUGCAUGCAUACACAUGCACACACAUA